AUGGCGUCUACUCAGCAAACCCAGCAAGAGAAGGCGGACCCUCACACCCAUGAAGCGAUUGCCCCUGCCACGACCAAGUCCUUCGUCCCACUAGUCAUGAGCUCGUUGCUACACAAUCUCGGCCUCUCGUCACAGCUCGCCUUCCACGACGUCUUCAGUAUCGACGAACCCGAACUGCUUGCCUUUGUGCCCCGCCCAGCAUGUGCGCUCCUUCUAGUCUUUCCCAUCAGCGACACAUACGAGACCUUCCGCCGUAGCGAAGAUGACGACAAACAAGAGUACAAGGGUUGUGGCCCCGACGAAGAAGUAGUCUGGUACAAGCAAACCAUCAGCAAUGCCUGCGGUCUGAUCGGUGUGCUCCACGCUGCGAGCAAUGGCCCAGCUCGCGACUUCAUCACUCCCGACUCGCAUCUGGCAAAGCUUCUCCAAGACGCCAUCAACCUCAAGCCCGCUCAGCGCGCCGAUCUGCUGUACGAAUCGCAAGCUCUCGAGAACGCUCAUCAAGCUGCUGCUACUGGCGGUGACACUGCCGCUCCCUCGCCAGAUGACAAUAUUGAUCUACACUACGUCUGUUUUGUCAAGUCAGCCAACAACCACCUUUGGGAGAUGGACGGUCGUCGCAAGGGUCCGUUGGACAGAGGCGUCUUGUCUGCCGACGAUGAUGUCUUGAGCGAAAAGGCUCUCAACAUGGGAGUCCGUAGCUUCCUUCAACGAGAGACUCAAGCUGGAGGUGGUGACUUGCGCUUCAGUCUCGUUGCCCUCUCGCAGUCGUUAGACUAA